AACAAGCUUGUGUCGUCGACGGGGGUUUUAACUUUCCAUCUUGAACAAAAAUGAGUUGAUUUCCAGUGAGUUUUCGAUAAACUAAUCUCCGAUAAUUGUUAAAAUGAUUGCGAAGAAGCGGAAAAAGUUGCGGAUAUCGAAGGGGAAGCUGAUGACAAAGGACAAUGGCGCUACUGGAAUUGGUGAACCAAGUAUCUACCAUGCGCUAAUUGUAAUCUUCCUUGAGUUCUUCGCAUGGGGACUUCUCACAAAUCCAAUGCUAACGGUGCUACACGACACAUUUUCAGAACAUACCUUUCUCAUGAAUGGACUAGUCCAGGGUGUAAAGGGUCUAUUGUCAUUCCUUAGUGCCCCAUUACUGGGGGCGCUCUCUGAUGUCUGGGGGCGUAAAUCAUUCCUGCUUCUUACAGUCUUCUUUACUUGUAUGCCUAUACCGUUAAUGAGAGUCAGUGCAUGGUGGUUCUUUGCCAUGUUGUCCGUUUCCGGAACAUUUGCAGUAACUUUCUCAAUCAUAUUUGCAUAUGUUGCUGACAUCACUGAUGAGUCUGAGAGAAGCUCAGCCUACGGACUGGUUUCAGCGACAUUUGCAGCUAGCCUUAUCACCAGUCCGGCAUUAGGAUCCUACCUUGGCAGUGUCUAUGGGGAUAAUCUAGUAGUGUUUCUAGCGACAGCUGUAGCGUUAUGUGAUGUCUUGUUUAUAUUGGUUGCCGUACCGGAGUCAUUACCGGAAAAGAUUCGUCCAGCUUCAUGGGGUGCGGCUAUAUCAUGGGAACAGGCUGAUCCAUUUAGUUCAUUGAGGAAAGUUGGUCAAGAUUUCACAGUGUUAAUGUUGUGCAUAGCAGUAUUCCUAUCGUAUCUACCAGAAGCUGGGCAGUACUCUUGUAUAUUCCUGUAUCUCAAAAUAGUUGGUAAAUUCUCUCCUCAGCAGGUACCAGCGUACAUAGCAGUCGUAGGAGUUCUCUCCGUUCUAGCUCAGACAAUCUUAUUGGGUGUAUUAAUACGUACAAUGGGUCACAAACACACCAUUAUGAUAGCACUAGCCUGUGAGAUGUUAGAGUUGAUGUGGUAUGGUUUUGCAUCACAGCAAUGGAUGAUGUGGGUUGCUGGUAUCAUUGCCUCAGUGUGUAGCAUGAAUUACCCAGCUAUAAGUGCAAUGGUUAGCAGAAGUUCAUCAGCAGACAAGCAAGGCGUGGUACAAGGAAUGAUUACAGGUAUCCGAGGACUGUGCAAUGGUCUGGGACCUUGUCUCUUUGGUGUCAUAUUUUACUUCUUUGAUAUGAACCUUGAUGUAGCGGGUAAAGAUGAGUCUGAGCCUGAAGCUGGGAAACCAGACUACUCACCUGUACAUGAUUCAGUUAUCCCCGGACCCCCAUUUGUAUUUGGUGCCUUCCUCGUUAUUGUUGCCAUCCUGUUUGCCUACUUCAUCCCAAACUCCGAGCCAUCAGCAAACUCCUCAGGAGCACCUCAUUCGUCUCAGCUUUCUCCAAGAGGAGGUGAAGGGAGUGUUCCUCUCUUAGCUGACGUAGAAGGGGGUUCAGGGAGCAACAACACCUUAGUGGAUGCUGCAAACCCUUGAGGAAUCUAAGCAAGUUUUUAAAUAAUUAUCAUUAAUAAAUCAGGGCCUUAAGGAUUUACUGUAUAGUAAAAGUGCUACUACAACCGGCUCAGCUGGCUACUAGUUAACCAGGUUCCUAUUAUUACUCGGUUAAAGGUCUGCUAAGCUCAAGGGUUAACCAGGUAAAACUAUAGCAGACCGUUCAAGGUCCACAAGCAUGCAUUGGGGUUUCCUGUUAAUACCAGCUAUACAAACAGAAUAAACCCAUGCACCUAAUGGAAACCUGGAUAGAGUGCUUUAUGGCAGUCUGUGGUACCUGUGUAUUGCAGGAUUAAAAGCUGAAAAAAGAAAAGGCUGAAUGGUAUUAUCUGAUGACACCAAUAUGGGAUAUGACAAUGGUAUCUUACAGAUUUCUUUUUGUAUGUCUAGCAAAGAAAAAUAUCCACUGUUAACACAACUGGAGUGGAUUUUUCUUUCUGUGCGAAGAUGUGGUACUAAUUAUUACAUUUGCUCAAUAAAGAUUGAUUUAACAAUUACUGCAUCACAUUAAAAAAAAAUUGAUUUUAGAAUUUACCCUUCACCAAAAUUAUUCCAUCUAAAUUAAUUUUUUCCUGAAUAGUGUAUCCCGAAAUUGUGGAAUGAAAUUAAUUUCAUUGAAAGAUCGGAAUAUAAAGGUAGGGUAAAUGUAAAAAUACUUCGCCCGGUAUGAGGUCAGAUCCCUCUUAAAAUGUGAAAAUUAGAGUUAUCAAUACCACUGUGUACACUAGGAACCAGACAAAGAUGUCUGUAGUGUGAAGAAAAGGUCAACAACAGCUUUCUCCUGAAGACAAUCACAUCAUACUGAUCGAAACUUUGAAUUGUUAAUCAGACCCACCACAACUCGUAAAAGAGAUUUGUUUCUGCAAAGUAUACCAGUUUAAAUGAGAUUGUUGUCGGCAAUGUUUAGACUAAACAAAUCUUGCUUUUCACAAUUCCAAAAUGAAUAGUGUGUUUUUUUUAUGUUAGUGCUGCAUGGCUAGAGUGGGAACGACUCUAACCUUUGCCAUUCUUGGUAUUUGCAUUUCACUUGUCUGUCUGGAGAUGUCUGGAAUCAAGACGGUUGCUAAGUGAUGUUACCAUGGAGAUCAGAGUCUUUAAUGCGACAAUGUUUAACCCGGUAUUGGUUUGGCUGAUCAUUUCAUGUUAUUAUUCACAUAAAUGUAGAUUAAGAAGACACUAUGACAGCCUGUUAUACCAUGUCAUUGGUAUUAUUAACUGAUCAGGCGGUCUACUGGUGUACCGGGAAGGGGGGGGGGUGGUCUUGUGAGAAGAAUUCCUUGGACGACUCUGGAUGGACUUCUUUACAUCCUUUGUGUAUCAUUCAAUAGGUUUUUGUAGAAAUAUCACUUGGCAUCCUGCAUUUUGAUGCACAACUGCUGUACCCAACAGAUAUGUGCCUGUGACUUUGACUAAGGGAAUUUUAACAGAAUGAUGAUGAGAUCUUAAAUCGCGGUGUAAAACUGUCAGGGUUGUGGCUGUUUGCUAAAGGACCAAAUCAACAGCAUUCAUGACUUACCCACAGGUUAGAGUGUUAUUAUUAUAAGGCAUUAACUAAGACUAAUAAAUGUUUCAAGGAGAUUGUAAAUCACUUAAAUUAAAGACAAUAAUAACUUGCCAAAUAAUGUUUAUAAUGUAAUUAAAAGUUGAUGUACAUAUUUUUGUUGAUAAUCUUAGAAGUAAAUAAUUUAACCCAAUUUUUUUUAAAGUCUUCUUGAAUCGCAAGGAGCAUUUAAAAGAUACGUUCCGUUAGUCGCCAUCUUUGAGGGUAGCUUAGGUUUUGGUUUCGGUUGGAUCAAGCAUUCUAAUUUUUCUCUGCAGCUAAGUGGUUCUGCAGCUAAGUGGCCAAUCAUGCAAGGCAUUUAAUAGAACUCUCACAUGCCGCACGAAAGUGUAGAAAUUUUUCUUGUACUAACAUUAUUUUGAAUUUUAUCUUCAUGAAACUCAAACCAAUAUUUUUAAAACUUCAGAGUAGUCAUUUCUUUCUGGAUAGCCAUUCUUAUUUGUUUUAUUCUUGAGCACUUAUUGAUAGAUGAAAUUUUAGAUGAAACCGUCCCGAAGAAUGAAACAGCAAAAGGUUGUUUGAUAUUGAUUUUUUUUUAAUGAAUACAGAUCAUGAAAGAGGAAUAAUUUUUGUGAGGAAAUUUUCCUGUUAAAUUUGGUCUUCUUUGGGCCAUUUCACAUGGGGAAAUUUGCAGGCAACCCGUUUCACAUAAGUUUUGUGGAACACUAAGUUAGUGACAGACAAAUCGCUACUAAAAAUCAUACAGUGCAAUUUGUUGCCUUUACAAAUUGCCCUGUGUGACAAGUCCCUAACUCUACAUGUAUCUUUCUUUUCCAUUUCUUGUUUAAGGAAAAUAUUUAGCAGUCCUUUAUAUUUGAGGUGUGCGAUCACACAUUAUUCCAUCCCACGCCUAAACCUUCCUUCCGUAUAAGGGACUCAAGAAGCAAGACACUUAACCAUUUACUUUGUCCUUCAGAUGGGACGUAAAGCCGUUGGUCCCAUGUGUUGU